CCAAAUCCUUAUUCCCAAUUGUUAUCGGAACCAACGAUUUGUUUGCAUAUUUUACGGUCGGUUCGCUUGUUGCUAAACUGUAUACCCCACAACAAUAUGUUGAUCGUAUGUUGUCCACCUUCAAAGGGUUAUUUAAGACGUUGUAUGGACUGGGUGCGCAGAAAUUGGUGGUGACUGGAGUUCCGGCAAUUGGUUGUUGCCCGAUUCAAAGAAGGACAAACCGAACUGGUGAAUGCAACGUCGAAUUAAAUAAUAUGGCGAUCAAGUAUAAUGAUGGUCUAAAGAUGAUACUACAAGGAUUGAAGUCUGAAUUACCGGGAAUGAAUUCUGCUUACUUUGAUUAUUAUGGUGCUUGGGUCAGCCUCUUCCAAAAUGAGACUUAUGGGUUUACAGAGAUAAAAGAAGCUUGUUGUGGGCUCGGAAACCUAAAUGCUGAUGUGCUAUGCAUCCCAAUAGCGCGCUUUUGUCCAAACAGGAAAAACCAUUUUUUUUGGGAUCGUGUCCAUCCAACAGAAGCAGCUGCAACCUUCUUUUCAGACAUGUUAUAUAGUGGAUCACAACAAUUUAUGGUUCCCAUGAAUGUGGAGCAACUUCUUGCAGGUUAAAUCAAGAUCUGGACAAAUAAUAAUUAAUAACGAUAUGGCAAAUAAACAAGAGCUUGUAACAUAAUGAAUGAUUCUGUAAGAACGUGGCAAGCAAAAGCCAUCUUAUAAAGUUGCAUCGUUUAUUUUUA